AUGAGACUGGCAAUACGCAGGACGUGGGCGAACGACACGUAUUACCGGAAAAUGGGGGUCGCCCGGGUGCUCUUCCUUCUGGGACAGGUUGAAGAUUUGGAGCUUCAGAUGAAGAUGGAAGCGGAGUUCAAAGAGUACCGCGACAUGCUGCAAGGGGACUUCCGAGAUUCCUACCGGAACCUCACUCACAAGGGCGUCAUGGGGUACAAGUGGAUCACAGAGCGAUGCAGGAACGCGAAAUUUAUUUUAAAAACUGACGAUGACAUUGUUGUUAAUAUGUUUAUAUUGUUCACUCGAGUCUUACCAAAGUUUGAGAACAAAACGAAACAAAUAGUCAGCGAUCUUGAGAGGCAACGUGAAGGGCUGCAGGAAAAGAUUGUCUAUCUCCAGUCGCAGUCUAUGAGGAGUAACCUUAUCUUCAAGAACAUCACAGGGGAUAAUUGUGACUGGAAAUAA